UCCAUGUUACGUUCCUGGUGUAUUUUCCCGAUUAAACCAAAUUUUAUUGAAUCACCGGAUAAUAGAAAUGUACAAUCUCUUGCCCUACGCGAAUUGCUAUACAGCCUCAAAAUGGCGCCAGCUGAAAUCUAGCGGGUGGCGUGACUUAAAAAGCAACCAAGAUGGCGAACGCUGUACGUAUCGGGAAUCAAGAUGGCGCUAACGGGCUCAAUUACCCGGAUGUUGAAAGACAGGAACUGACAAUGACGCAUUAGGAAUAAAGAACAAGCGGGCUGUCGUGAUGCCGGUUUUUCAGCAUGACCAGAGCCGUUUGUCGAAGGAGCUGCAAGGAUUGGUCUACUCAAGUUGGCGGUUCAGAUGUUCAGUUACCAAAACACGGAUCCGUAGGAGACUUAUUUAAAUUAUCGCUGGCGAAUUUCUCUUGAAUGGAGAAAAGUGCUAUUACUAGCAUAUUCAGACAUUGAAACAAUAACAGGAUUUUAGCAACUACUCUAGGACUGACCGUCUGGGACUCGCCGGUCUCAAUGCGCAGGCGCAGAAACCUGUCGCUGAUAGGCCCUUCCCGGCUGCAUCUGGGAAGACCCGGAUGUGUUGGGUCUGGGCGCCCGCGAUAAGAAAGCGGUCUUUCUUUCCCCUAUCGCUUGUCUUCUGACUUGCGAUUGUCUCCGGCUUUGCACACGUUGGCCUAACAAUAAACCCCCGUGAAUCCCCAAGGAUUCAUUUUGGGGUCUACCUGCAAAGGGUUACGUUGCGCUGAAACCAGUUAAACUUGCCCAAUAAGUAUCAGCCUAGUCCUCUGCAUGGUUACUCGGAAGUAAGUUCAAUGGGGCUUUUGUUUAAAUCAAGUCAAUUCAGAGUUGCAAGCUUUGCAUAUUAAUAAUUAUAUAGUACUGUAGGAUUUUGGCGUGAAGCAGUAACUUAGACAUACUGCCUUUGUAUACCUGUAUUUUGAACAGUCUCCUGUUUUAUUUUUCACCAUUGUUUCUCAUCAUUCAACACUUAGAUUCCCAAAAGUAGGGGCUUUUUCGGUUAUAUAUAUAUAUAUAUAUAUCCUCAACUUGUUUUUUUGUUCUGUACAUCGAUACUAAAUUGCAGGAGACCUGUGCUUUUUUCCAAGGCCAUUCUAGGAGGAAUGGGACUUCAACAGAUGGCCAGACUGGCAAAACAAGUGAAUAAAUAAUUGAAAACAAAGCAUUUGUAGCAGUGGCGGUCAUUUGGGAGCGGUGCAGAGAGCAAGACUCAAGACUUUGAAAAGGACAGCUAUGAAGUCAGAAGACAACAAGCCGUUCUUGCAUGCGACUGGAGGCCUGCUGCUUUGCAUACUAGUGGUGGCUUCGGGAAUUUUUGAUGGUGCUCACACAGAUACUGGUUACAAGCAUUAUGCUGAACCAACAGUACCUGGAAUGCCAGCCUUCCUAGCUAUGCCAGCAAAUUGUUUAAUCAAUUUGGCCUACAUGCUUCUGGGUUGGUAUUGGUGGCCACCAGGUAACAAGAGUAGGCAGACCUACUUUCAAGAGGUCUUUGCCCUCAUGUCGCUUUUAUAUGGGCCUACACAGUGGGUCCGGCUGUGGACACAGCAUCAUUGGGCAGCUGUGUUAGAUCAGUUGUUAACACUACCAAUUUUUGCUUGGGUCAUAUUUUGGUGCCUUUUUCUUGAAAAUGGGUGGGAACCGUAUGUUUUUCUAGCCAUAGAAGUGACUUCACUGACUAGUUAUGUCCUGGCAGUUCUUCACCCACAGGGUUUUGAGUUGGCAUUGAGUGGACAUAUAAUUGUUGUUUUUUGGAGAGUACUGAAAGUGCAAAGACAUUUUGGCAAUGCCAGUUCCAUCUGGAUUAUAGUUCUGGGGACGAUGUGUUGCUUUGGUUUUGUAAGCCUCAAAGUGUGGGAUUGGGAACUGGCCCAGUGGGCAUUCUUCUCUCGGCUCACUGGUCAUUUUUGGUCCAAGGUAUGCGAUGUGCUGCAGUUCCAUUGUGCUUUUCUCUUCCUUACCUUAAUCAGCAGACACCGGCUAAGCUCAGUGAAAUAAUCUGUAAUUUCAAUGAGCAGUCUUAAUCAAAGAAGAAACUUACAACCGUACAAGAGUAUACUGUAAUGUGGUUUGAAAGAAUAAAAAAUCUGCUAAAAUACGCCAGUUUCUUCAAAAAGCUAUUGAAGAUAUUUGGUGAAAUCCAUACAGUAUCAACUCAGUUUAUUUCCUGUUGAAUAUAAUGCUUUUUAUAAAACCACAUAGGAGAGAAAAAAAGUUGGUUUAUACAGUAGUCCUCAACUUACAACCAAUUGUUUAGUGACAGUGUGAAAUUACAGCAGCACUGAAAAAAGUGACUUAUGACCAGGCCCUAUACUUAACCGUCACAGCCAGGAUCGCCAGGGCCAUGUCAUCGGAAUUCAGGUGCUUGGCAACCGAAAUGUAUGACAGUUGCCGUGUCCCAGGGUCAUGUGAUCACUUUUGCGAUCUUCCCAGCUGGCUUCUGACAAGCAAAAUCAAUGGGGAAGAUGGAUUUGUUUAACGAUGCUGAGAUUCAUUUAAUAACUUAAUAAUUAAUUAGAAUUAAUAAUAAUUCAGUUAACAACUAUGGCAAAAAAGAUUGUAAAAUCAUGUACAAUUUGCUGAACAAUCGCCUUGCUUAGCAACAGAAAUUCUGGUCCCAAAAGUCAAGGGACUACCUGUAAAAUAAUCCCAUUAGAAAAGUCCUUUCAGCCAGUUGAAGUUUCUGAUGGAAUACUACCAGUAGGAAGGUGGCAUUUUCAAGAGGCAAUAUCUGCAUACAGCUUUUAUGUGGCAGUUAGGUCAUAGCUAACACUGCAGGUUUAUUUAUUUAUUUAUUUAUUUAUCACAUUUGUAUACCGCCCUAUCUCCCUAGGGACUCAGGGUGGUUCACAGGCAAGUAAAAAAGUACAUAUAAAUACAGAAUAAAAUAACAGUUAAAAAACUUAUUCUACAUGGCCGAAUUUUUAAAAAAAACAAUAUAAAUAAUAAAACCCAUUAAAACCAA